AUGAACGUCCUUUCGCUAUCCUCGUUACCCUUUGUCGCGCUAUUCCUGUCAUUGUGGAGCUCCACGGUACUUGCCUCGUCGGACUAUCAUGAAAACCUCCUACUACACCCUCUACCGCAGUCCUCCCUGCUAGCGUCAUUCAACUUCCGUGGCAAUACAUCGCAAGAAUCCUUCGAUCAACAGCACUUCAGAUACCUGCCUCGCGCACUUGGUCAGAUAUUACAGCAUGCCAGUACCAAAGAGCUGCACCUCCGCUUUACAACUGGAAGGUGGGAUGCCGAAAGCUGGGGCCCCCGGCCGUGGAAUGGUAGCAAAGAAGGAGGCACAGGCGUGGAGCUUUGGGCAUGGAUCGAUGCGCCAAAUGAUGAUGAGGCGUUUGCCAAAUGGAUUACCCUGACGCAGUCCCUCUCUGGCUUGUUUUGCGCCUCAUUGAAUUUCGUGGAUUCGACCCGGACUACUCGACCCGUCGUCUCGUUUGAGCCAUUCGGAGACCAUUCGAAAGCUGAUCAGCUACACCUUCUACACGGAACGCUUCCCGGAGAGGUGGUCUGUACGGAGAACCUCACGCCUUUCUUGAAAUUGCUUCCGUGCAAGGGGAAGGCGGGAAUUUCUAGCCUUUUCGAUGGACAUAAAUUGUUUGAUGCCGCAUGGCAAAGCAUGUCAGUCGAUAUUCAGCCGGUCUGCGCUCCAGAAGGAGAGUGUGUAGUCCAAAUCGAGCAAACUGUAGAUAUGGUUCUGGACAUCGACCGGUCUAAGCGCUCUAGAUCAAACCCCAUUCCUCGGCCUGUCCCCAAUGAUCAGCUGGUCUGUGACACAUCGAAGCCCUAUCACUCUGAUGAUACCUGCUACCCACUGGAAAAGACCAAUGACAAGGCAUGGAGUUUGACCGAAAUAUUUGGCCGAAGCCUCAAUGGCAUCUGCCCGUUAGGAGAAACCGAAGGGCCAAGCGACCGAAGUGUUUGCCUUCGUGUUCCCCACGAAAGAGGUGUCUUCUCGUCGGGAGGUGCUGAGGAGAUCAAAAAGGAUGACGGGUUCACCCGUUGUUUCAAGCUAGACCCAUCGGCUUCGUUUGAUCUUACCAUCCCACAACAGCCAGUGAACCUUGUAGUUCCCCUGGAUGAGCCUGUCCUUCACGCCGAGCGAACUAUUGUUGGAAACGGCCAGGAACGCGGCGGAAUGCGCAUCAUCUUCGGCAACCCCUCUAAUGCGAGCGCAGUCGACUUCAUCUACUUUGAAACUCUCCCGUGGUUCCUGCGCCCGUACAUCCAUACUUUGCAUGCGACAAUUACAGGUCGUGACGGAAUUUCGCGCAAGCUUCCGGCAUCUGAUAUCGUGAAAGAGACAUAUUACCGCCCUGCCAUCGACCGUGAGCGUGGAACCCAAUUGGAGCUAUCUUUGUCCGUGCCUGCUGCAUCCACCGUCACCUUGACAUAUGAUUUCGAGAAGGCCAUUCUCCGCUACACCGAAUAUCCGCCAGAUGCCAAUCGUGGGUUCAAUGUUGCACCUGCGGUGAUUCGUAUUGUGGACAAGGCCCAUAAUGCGCCGAUCUACAUACGUUCCACUAGCCUUCUUCUUCAACUCCCGACCCCGGAUUUCAGUAUGCCAUACAAUGUGAUCAUCCUCACUAGUACUGUGAUCGCUCUUGCAUUUGGCACGAUUUUCAACAUCCUAGUUCGACGGGUGGUCUCUUUGGAAGAAGCAUCCGCCCUCGGGGCUACAACAUUAAAGGGUCGGAUACUGAGCAAAGUGGUGGCCAUUCGAGAUCGAGUCCAAGGCAAAGCAACCAAGGUCGAAUAA